AUGAUUGUCUCGAGGGUUUUGUUCCUCCUCUGUUUCGCAUUGUUGGCGACGGCCAUUUCGCUGUCAGAGGUACCCUCAUGCGCAAUACCAUGUAUCCUCGAAACGAUGGACUCGUCGGGCGAAACGAAUGCGAAUAUCAGAUCGAUGUGCGAUGACCCGGACUUUCAGACCAAUGUGUUGAAUUGUGUUACCGGAGUAUGCACCGCGCAAGAGAUACAAGGCUUUAUAGUUAUGGGAAAAGAGUUAUGUCAGAUGCCGCUGCAGGAUAAUCGACAAGAGUAUCGAGCCACAAUCAUUGUAUUCGCGACGUUGUCAUUUUUCUUCUUUGUGUUGAGGGUGACGUCCAAGAUCGUGACCAAGAAUACAUGGGGCACUGAUGAUACUUGGGCAGCUAUCACUUUUUGCCUUUUGAUACCAUUCACGGUGUUCACACUCCUCGCAAUCCAUCACGGCCUCGGACUCGCUACGCCAUUGUUUACCAAGAAUGACCUGUCUCAAGCCCUUAAGGAGAUCUUUGUCCUUCACCUUCUGUAUGUCUGCGGCCUCGCAGCAGCCAAGACAUCGAUUCUUUUCUUUUAUCUGCGCGUGUUCCAAGACCCUACCUUCAGAACCCUCGUCUGGAUAACACACGCCUUCAACGUCUUGUCUACUGUCACCUUGGUCACUCUCGCCCUGACGCUCGGGCGGUCCGCAAGUUAUCUCUUAGGCAACACUGCAGAUUCCGUGUCCAGUUUGACCAGAUACUCGAAAGCUCUCAAGGUUGUGUUGGCGCACUGCGUGGUCAACCUGGCGGUCGACAUUUGGAUGCUUAUUCUGCCGAUGACUCAGCUUUACAACAUAGGGCUGAAGCUCAACAAGAAGAUCAACGUCAUUGCAAUGUUUGGCUUGGGUUUAUUCCUCACAGUAGUCAGCCUGGUCCGCACGAUAUUUUCGGCACAGUUCCUCGCUGAUCCCGCAGAAGCGCAAACGGGCCAACAGCAAGUCGUUCUUUGGGCGUGUAUCGAGACAUACAUGGGCGCCAUAGUAGCCUGCGCACCUUCAACACGCCAGCUUAUUCGCAAGGUGAUUUAUCUGAUGAGGAAGCAGAAAGAAGGACAGUCAACAGACAAACCUAUCUUCAUUGACAGGUCGUUGGCGCCGAUACCGGAUGAAGAAGAUAUGCCGACGCUGAGUGACGUUGGGGGACUGACGAUUGUUACAGUCAGUAGUGGACAGACGGCAGUGUCGGGGAUGGAGCACGAGAUGGAGACUGUUAGGAAGCUAGGGGAGGAAAGAAAUCUCGGAACCUCGAUCCUAAAUGCCAAAAAGAAUUAG